AUGAGGGAGGAUAUGAUUACCACGAGGGCCCAGAUGGGGGGAACCGUUACAACUGUUGUGACUCAUCCACCUUGUGAGGGAGGACUCGUGUAUCAAAAUGUUGGUACAAUUUUCAACAUCCCUGUGAGUGGAAGGGGUCAACCUGAGAUAGAUGAUCACCAAAAUGCUUUCUUCACUACAAGGGAUGAUUCGGUUUAUAACUCAUUUGAACCAUCAACUACUGAGAUGGAGACGAAGCUCCAUGUUCUAGAAGGCAAGAAGAAAGAUAUUAAAGGAUCUAAUGCCUUUGGGUUGGAUACUACAGAUAUGUGCCUAGUUCCUGGUGUCAAAAUUCCUGCUAAGUUCAAGUUCCUAAACUUUGAAAAGUACAAAGGGGUUAGUUGUCCAAAGACCCACAUCCGAUCUUUUUGCAGGAAGAUGGCUGCUGAUUCCAAGGAUGAGAAACUAUUAAUGCACUUCUUUCAAGAUAGCCUCAGUGGGGACUCACUUGAGUGGUAUAUGGAACUUGAACGCAUUCAUAUCCAAACAUGGAGAGAGCUAGCGAAAGCAUUCCUGAAGCAUUAUCAGUAUAAUUCAGACAUGGCUCACAACCGGACUCAACUCCAGAGUCUCACUCAGAAAUCAGAUGAAUCAUUCAAAGAAUAUGCUCAAUGA